GACUGCCUCGUGUGUGUGAGUGUCAGUGAGGGAGCACUGCGGCUGCGGGACGUCCACGGAGCAGUUACAGUAGUUCGCAGUGAUCGACCGGUGAAGGAAAGAUGGAGGAUAGCAUCACAUUGGAUUGAGAGACAGAGAGAAGAAAUUACCAGCAUGCCGAGCACCAGCCCAAUCUGGGUAGAGGACAAGGAUCCACAGCCUCUGGUUUUCUGCAAGCUGUGCCUCAGCGAGUGUCCUCCAGCAGCAACGAGCAGACUGCUCACCUGCAACUGCGUCUUCUGCACUUCGUGUCUGCAGCAGUAUGUGCAGCUGGCGGUUCGGGAGGGCGGAGGCGCCCCAGUCACCUGUCCCGACAUGACGUGUCUGAGGACGGGGACUCUGCUGGACUCUGAGAUUGCCAGUUUUGCCCCAGCAGAUCUGGUUCAGCUCUACCAGCGGCUGAAAUUUGAAAGAGGGGUGCAGCUGGAUCCCAGCAAGACCUGGUGCCCGGUGGUGCAGUGCCAGGCAGCGUGCAGCGUGACCCCCAGCGCCGAGGGCCAGCCGGUCUCCGUGGCGUGCCCCAGCUGCCGCACCGUCUUCUGCUCGCUGUGCCGGGCGGACUGGGGGGAAGGGCACUCCUGCUCGGAGCGCCAGCCUCUGACGGUGGCAUCCUUACGGGACAGUGUGAGGGUCAGCUGGGAGACAGACGCGCCCAUAAAGCAGUGCCCGAUGUGCGCCGUCUACAUCGAGCGGGACCAGGGCUGCGCCCAGAUGCUGUGCAAGAGCUGCAAGCACACCUUCUGCUGGUACUGCCUCCAGAACCUGGAUGGGGAUAUAUUCCUGAGACACUAUGACAGAGGGCCUUGCAGGAACAAACUGGGCCACUCCCGUGCUUCUGUCAUGUGGAACCGGACACAGGUGGUGGGCAUCCUGGUUGGCGUGAGUGUCAUUGUGCUGGUCACCUCCCCCCUGCUGCUGCUGGCCUCGCCCUGCAUCUUGUGCAUUGUCUGUAAGCCCUGCAAAGGCAAGAAGAAGACGAAGAAAAGAGAAAUCAGCCAACCGGAUUCCACAGUGUAGCUGGGUGUUCGUGUCCCAUCAGCCACCGCUCUCCACUGUCUGUGCCAACUCUCAUUGAUCAGAACCGAGCCGGUCUUUUUAGGUGCACACAUGCCUCCUCCAACGGUGUCUGGUGUUUUAUGGUCAGGAAUUGUUUUGCCUUCCAUUUUAAUAUGCAAAAAUGAUGCCAGCCUUUGAACAUUAACUAUGUUCCCAAUAAAUGCAACAUAUGUGAUUUCACAUGAGAUGAUUGUUUAGAAGAAAAUUUGAGUACUGUAACAGGCAGUGACCAAGAUUCAAGGGCUUUAACCAUUGUGUGUAAAAAACAAAAAUCAU